AUGGCGGAGUGUGUAAAACUCGAGACAGUUGUGGCAGCCCUGAAAAUAUUAAUAACUCCAAAAGGUGAGUAUUUCUGACAUUCAGCAUUUAAUCUGCGAGUGGCAAUUCUAUUAUUGGUUAAUAUAGUGAUUUAUACAUGUUUGAUGUGGAUGUGCAGCAUGUAAACACAUUAUAUGUCAAAGGCCAUCAAGGCAUCGCCUGGCAUACAAUGUAAAUAUCUGACAGUCAAUGGACACGUGUUCAUCCAUUCAUGGAAAGAAUAUUGUGCAGGAUUUUAUAUCUGAUGAAUAAAAUCAUAUUAUCAGCUGAAAGAUGGUAAUUUCUCUUUAAUUAUACUCCCACCUGUAAACUGCUCAGGAGAAUAGAGACUUUCACGUUAAAUUAGUUAUUAUUAGAUUAAUGAGAUUAGAAUUAGUGCUGCUGACCCUUCCCGUGUAGGUUUGCACUCUGCUCCUGUUGCAGCGGUUAUGGUAUGUAGAGCGGUUGUUAUGGUAUGGUUGUCAUGGUAUGUAGAGCGGUUGUUAUGGUAUGUAGAGCGGUUGUUAUGGUAUGGUUGUCAUGGUAUGUAGAGUGGUUGUUAUGGUAUGGUUGUCAUGGUAUGGUUGUUAUGGUAUGUAAAGACCUGCUUCAGGCAGACAGGCUGUAUUCAGGAAUUGGUGUUGCUGUACAGAAAUUCUAAUGUCAUUACUCUAAUACUAACUGUAACUUACCCAACCUGUAAGGACCAUACACAGUGUGAGUAUAUAUGUAUUUCCUGUUCUGAUGACUUGAUUGUUCUGUUAUCUCAUUGCAGAGAAUGAAUCUCCUGAUACGGACAGGAAGACUGCAUUGCUUAACUCGUUAGAUCUCAAUGUAUCCUCACUGGAAGAGAGACUAUUAAAUGCCCUGGAGUGGAAGGCACUGGGGACCCUGCGGGCGAGGGUUCAAGCUGAGACCAAGUGUCUCGAAGGAUGCUUUGAUAGCCCUGCAGAGCCACACUGGAGAUUCACUUCAGAGACCCUGCUGCUAUUCCUCUGUCUGAAGGAAUGCAUGAUCGAGCUUGCUGCUUCGUUCAACGCUCCCAAACCAAAUCCCCGCACACCCGAGGCUGCCCCUGCUUUGAGUCCAGAUACACUUAGUGUCUCUCAGCAGAAAACCGUCCAGUCUGCUUUCCAGUUUGUGGUGUGUAUGGGAAUUUGCCCUUACCUAAUGCCUGGUAUAGGUUUACCCCUCCAGCAGCGCUCAGAGUUUGGAGCCCUUGUACAGAGAAUGGUGGCAAGUGACCUGCCUUCAAUCCGCACUCGUAGGCUGUACAUCUCCUGUACAGCACUUCUGGAGGUAUCCCGCCACCCGUCUCUGGGGAGCCUUCUGCUUACCAACCACCUUGGGGACCUCAUGGCUGGGCUGUGCCAACUGGGAUUUUGCCCAAUUAAAGCAAAAGCGGAGAACAAAACUACUGCUAACCCAAAGGUAGAGCGCAUCUCAAAACCCAGCAUGCACAAUUCAUGUUUACACUACCUCACUCACAAUCCCUGUCCUGCUUACUAGGUGGGAAUUGUAUUUCAGUAAUAGCUAAUUCAAAAUAUAAUUUUUUUUUUUUAAAAAUAACAUUAUUCCUAAAUGAAAUGUGUAUAAAAAAAAAUGACUGCUUGCUGGUGUUACUAUUUGGGUGUCAUGCUGUCUGCAUUCAUACAUUGAGCAUGAUAGGACUUCCAAAGCGGAGAGCUCUGUAGGUCCCUCUGUGAAGCUUAGCAUAUACCUCAAAAGUGUCCCUGUUUAGGGACAAAUCCAUCCGUCCCUCUUUUUUCUCCUAUUACCCUCUUUUCUAGGAGCUCCAUGUUGUUGGUGUGUCUGAGUGUACAACAAAACUCCACAGCUAUAAUACUCCCAGUAAUGUGACUGAGUGUAUAACAGAGCUCCACAGCAAUAAUACUCCCAGUAAUGUGACUGAGUGUAUAACAGGGCUCCACAGCAAUAAUACUCCCAGUAAUGUGUCUGAGUGUAUAACAGAGCUCCCCAGCAAUAACACUCCCAGUAAUGUGUCUGAGAGUAUAACAGAGCUCCACAGCAAUAAUACUCCCAGUAAUGUGACUGAGUGUAUAACAGAGCUCCACAGCAAUAAUACUCCCAGUAAUGUGUCUGAGUGUAUAACAGAGCUCCACAGCAAUAAUACUCCCAGUAAUGUGUUUGAGUGUAUAACAGGAGCUCCACAGCAAUAAUACUCCCAGUAAUGUGUCUGAGUGUAUAACAGAGCUCCACAGCAAUAAUACUCCCAGUAAUGUGUCUGAGUGUAUAACAGAGCUCCACAGCAAUAAUACUCCCAGUAAUGUGUCUGAGUGUAUAACAGAGCCCCACAGCAAUAAUACUCCCAGUAAUGUGUCUGAGUGUAUAACAGAGCUCCACAGCAAUAAUACUCCCAGUAAUGUGUCUGAGUGUAUAACAGAGCUCCACAGCAAUAAUACUCCCAGUAAUGUGUCUGAGUGUAUAACAGAGCUCCACAGCAAUAUUACUCCCAGUAAUGUGUCUCAGUGUAUAACAGAGCUCCACAGCAAUAAUACUCCCAGUAAUGUGUCUGAGUGUAUAACAGAGCUCCACAGCAAUAAUACUCCCAGUAAUGUGUCUGAGGGUAUAACAGGCCCCACAGCAAUAAUACUCCCAGUAAUGUGUCUGAGUGUAUAACGAGCUCCACAGCAAUAAUACUCCCAGUAAUGUGUCUGAGUGUAUAACAGAGCUCCACAGCAAUAAUACUCCCAGUAAUGUGUCUGAGUGUAUAACAGAGCUCCCCAGCAAUAAUACUCCCAGUAAUGUGUCUGAGUGUAUAACAGAGCGUCACAGCAAUAAUACUCCCAGUAAUGUGUCUGUGUAUAACAGAGCUCCACAGCAAUAAUACUCCCAGUAAUGUGUCUGAGUGUAUAACAGAGCUCCACAGCAAUAAUACUCCCAGUAAUGUGUCUGAGUGUAUAACAGAGCUCCACAGUAAUAAUACUCCCAGUAAUGUGACUGAGUGUAUCACAGAGUUCCACAGUAAUAAUACUCCCAGUAAUGUGUCUGUGUAUAACAGAGCUCCACAGCAAUAAUAUUCCCAGUAAUGUGUCUGUGUAUAACAGAGCUCCACAGCAAUAAUACUCCCAGUAAUGUGUCUGAGUGUAUAACACAGCCCCACAGUAAUAAUACUCCCAUUAACAGAGCUCCACAGUAAUAAUACUCCCAGUAAUGUGUCUUAAUGUACAACAGAGCUCCACAGCAAUAAUACUCCCAGUAACGUGUCUGAGCGUAUAACAGAGCUCCACAGCAAUAAUACUCCCAGUAAUGGGUCUGAGUGUAUAACAGAGCUCCACAGCAAUAAUACUCCCAGUACUGUGUCUGAGUGUAUAACAGAGCUCCACAGUAAUAAUACUCCCAGUAACAGAGCUCCACAGUAAUAAUACUCCCAGUAAUGUGUCUUAAAGGACCACUAUAGUGCCAGGAAAACAUACUAGUUUUCCUGGCACUAUAGUGCCCUGAGGGUGCCCCCACCCUCAGGGUCCCCCUCCCGCCCGGCUCUGGAAAGGGGAAAGGGGUUUAAACUUACCUUUUUCCAGCGCUGGGCGGAGAGCUCUCCUCCUCCGUUCCGCCCUGUCAGCUGAAUGCGCACGCGUGGCAAGAGCUGCGUGCGCAUUCAGGCGGUCACAUAGGGAAGCAUUCAUAAUGCUUUCCUAUGGACGCUGGCGUGCUCUCACUGUGAAAAUCACAGUGAGAAGCACGCAGGCGCCUCUAGUGGCUGUCAAUGAGACAGCCACUAGAGGAUUAGGGGGAAGGAUUAACCCAUUAAUAAACAUAGCAGUUUCUCUGAAACUGCUAUGUUUAUUUAAAAAUGGGUUACCCUAGCUGGACCUGGCACCCAGACCACUUCAUUAAGCUGAAGUGGUCUGGGUGCCUAGAGUGGUCCUUUAAUGUACAACAGAGCUCCACAGCAAUAAUACUCCCAGUAACGUGUCUGAGCGUAUAACAGAGCUCCACAGCAAUAAUACUCCCAGUAAUGUGUCUGAGUGUAUAACAGGACUCCACAGCAAUAAUACUCCCAGUAAUGUGUCUGAGUGUAUAACAGAGCUCCACAGCUUCAGAGAAAAAGCAGUGUUUACAUUUUUCAAUAGGGACACCUCCAGUGACAGUCACUCAGACAACCACUAGAGGUGCUUUCUGGGUCAGUGCUGUACAUUUUUGCAGUGUCUCCACAAUCUGCAUGGAGGCGUUGAACUUCCCAUAGAGUCAGUGCAUCUCUAUGAGGAGAUGAUUGGCACAGAGCUGUGUUUUGCCAAGCAAGCCCGAUAACCUCCCAAGUUUGAUGAUCUCAGUCAAGGGGAGGAGCAUAGGUGGGGCCAGCCACGACUGGAUCCCGCAUGUCACGGAAAAAAGUUGAGUAAAUCACCUUUUUAACAGGAGGUCAGAGGGGCUAGGGAACUAAACCUCUAUUAAGACCCAUAGUGUCAGGAAUACACAUUUGUAUUACUGCCACUCUAGUGUUCCUUUAACUUCAAUAAAUGUGUUUUAGAAAUCAGUCUAUGUAAAUCAGAUACAUUGUUGUUCUUCUAAAUUACGUUUUAGUUGGAUAUAUUAUCAGUAAGUCACAUUUCUCUGAACAGCCCCCCGGCCACACCGUAAAAUGAAAGAGUUCCUAUUUGUCUCUUUGAAAUUUGGGGGUAUAUCUGAGUGUACACAAUAAGAAAUAGUUUUGGACUGUGCUGUUUACCACCUAUUUCUUAUUGAGUACGUUUCUUUUUACAAGUUUGUGGGAAUCAUUGUUGGGUGAAUUGCUGCCAUACCUCAUUUUAAGUGAUAGUGAGUGCCUCACACUUUGUUAGUUUUAUUUUGGUAUGUCUUGGCGUGCCUGCCCACCAGUGAGGGUAUUCCACUAACUGUGAAUUGUGGAAAUGCAAAAAUAUCUGAAUAGUUUUUUUUUCUCUCUGAUUAUACCUGAUUCAGUGAUACAAUCCAAUGGUAUGAAUUUUUAUUGAUCAAAUUCUCUUGUAUGAAAUAUCCAUAACCUUAGAUUGCAAGCUCUGAAAGCUAAUUCUCACUUUUCAUUGCUAGGAUCUGACUGAGAAUGAGAGAGUUCAGUGUAAGGAGGCACUGCGCAGUCUGUUGGAUCAGGUGUACCAGCCACUUGUUAUCCGGCAGCUUCUCCUCUUGCAAGGUGGCCCUAAACAGGUAGAGAAUUCUCACCGUUGUAAGGAAGGGACUGUGAUGUGGACUUCUUCUUUUGGCUAUUUUACCUUUUCAUUUGAUUUGUUAUUUCCUUUGUGACCCCUACUGUAACCACCAACCACCUCUUUUCUUUCAGGGCACAUGCCCCCCAGGGAUUGCAUCUAAAACCCAGCGGGUUCCAGCCCCUCCUUGGUUACGUCGUCUCUCAGGGCAGCUACUCUCUGAGCGGCUAAUGAAGCCUCACGGAGUACAGGCUGUAGUCCGAGGAAUCCUGGAAGGAGCUGGAGGCAAGUGUCAAGUAGUGUGUUAAUCUCCCAAUCACAUCUGAAUUCUGAUUUAAUUGCCAUUUUUUUUAUUUGUUUACUAUUUACCCUGUGAACCAGUGGUUAUGGUACUUUUAGCUCUCUUUAUAUGCGUUUCAUUGCAGAUGGAGCAGCUGGAGGACGUGACGCAGAAGCUGCAGCAAGCAACUGGAAGAAAUGUGAUGCGGUGGCUAGAAUCCUGGCAUCGUGCCCCCAGCAGUCCCUCUCUCUGGAAGAAUAUUAUCGGAGUAUCUGCCCGCAGGUGAUGUACCCAGAGAGUAGUACUGUUCAUAUCGCCGUGCUCACAGCCUUCUGGAAAUCAUGCUAAGUAAUGGAACUUAUAAACUGUAUCUUCACAAUCUAGAUUAAUUCUGACACAAUCAGAUCACGUAUUGCAAAUAAGGAAAACAGAAGCAUUGUUUCGCUCUCUCUAUUAGUUCUAUUCAAUGCUAGGAAGAACAAUGACUGACAGGGAGCUAAGAUGGGAACCACAAGUCUGUGUGUGGAUUUUUACAUCUAAAUCCCUGGAAGGCGAUGUGAACAGCUAGGGUGGGGAUUUCCAAUUCUGUCUGGAAUCAAUCUGGAACUACAGAGUUUGUAAAAGAUCAAAAAGAUUAAAUACUUUUAUUUUCUACAGAUUCUUGAUUUGCUGCAUAUCCAGAACACUCUAACAGUGCGUCAGUUUCAGAGAGUUGCCACGGAAACGUUCCUGAGAAUGGCGCAGGAGAAUCCUCAGCUGGCACAGAAGCACCUCUUCUUGCCUAUGCUGGAACCCCUCCUGCGCUGCUUCCAGACACCAUCAGGUGGGCUUCCAGCACUCCUAUAGGCUUUGAGUUACUUUCCAGGCAACUCGUGUUUUACCUGUGAAUUUUUGUUUAUUUUAGAGACCCUUCCUCACCCAGGAGAGACCCUGGUAUCAGAAAAGCAGCUUUCGCAGUGUGUGGAGGACAUUGUUAAAGUGAGUUUCUCUUUAAAUAAAAUGCUUUAUUUAGGAUUACGUUCUUACCGUUAGGUGUCGCAUUGUACAUCUUUAGAAAGACACUCCAAGCAGCAGUUGAUAACCUUCUAAUGUUUUAUAUAUUUACAUAUAGAAAAAAUAUGCACCAAAUUACGUAACAAAAUAAAUACCAGCUUUCUGAAGAUGAUCUUUUUACAUUGGUUGCUUAAUCUCUUAAUGAGUUUCCUGACAUUUUUCAUUAGUAUUUGGUCCUUUGUUUUUGACAUUAGAUCAUAUUAUAACGUUUUUCAACAAAUAGUUUUGUUUGGCAAAGAAUAAAGUCCUGCAACAUCUGGGUUGGCACGGAUGGUUGCUUACAUUUUGUAGUGCUUUGUAUGUAGAAAUAUUUGAAGGGACCCUAUAGGGUCAGGAACACAAACAUAUUUUAAAUCUAACACAAAAAUGUUUUCCUGGCCCCAUUAUGUUAACACUAUCUGGCCCCCCGACCCUCACCUUGCCCCCCUAAAUAUAGUAAAAUCUUACCUUUAUUCCAGUGUGCUGGAUCUGAUCUGCCUCCUUGGAUGACAUCAUCAGAAGGAAUUCUCUGAGCCAAUCACAAUGGGAUUUCCAUAGGAAAGCAGUGCAUUGGCUAAAAUGGUCAAUUCUGAUGAUCUCUGCGAAGAAGGUGGGCCGGGGGCAGAGCCAAACGCCACCCUGGCCAAUCAGCAUCUCCUCAUAGAGAUGUAUUGAAUCAAUGCAUCUCUAUGAGGAGAAUUCAGUGUCUCCAUGCACUGAAUGUCAGUCACAUUGUGCACCACUGCCCCAGGAAGCACCUCUAGCAGCCAUCUGAGGAGUGGCCAGUGGAGUUUUCCCUAGGGGGCAAUGUAAACACUGCUUUUUUAUUUUUCUCUGAAUAAACCGUGUUUACUGCAAAAAGCCUGAAGGGAGUGAUUCUACUCACCAGAACAAAUAUAAUAAGCUGUAGUUGAUCUAGUGACUAAGUGUCCCGUGUUUGUGUAUUCUUGUCACUGUCAAACUCCUCUGAGUGUCCCUUGUUUUCUCUCCGGGUGGCAUACGCUGUGCUCUGCAGGUUUUUGUGGUCGGGAACGAUCCCACAUCCACCGUGUUGAACUUCACUAGACGAGUACUUUCUGCAGUUUUUGCCUUGUAUUGCUUUGCGCGACAGAAUGUGUCCCACUUAAGGUGAGAAUAUCUUCCUCUGGUGUCAUCUUAGUGAGGUGAUGAGCUUAUCUCUGCAGUGCUAAUACACUAUGUGAAGGGGGGACAGGGACCUUCUUGCACCGUAACCUGUGUAAGCUGCAUGCAAUAUGGUGCUCAGAGUCAGGAUCUGGUCUACCCCUGUUCCUGUAUGCCGAAACUUGCCAACACAUUAGAUGGUUUACUUUAUUCCUCCUUCUACGCUGUAAGACAUGUCUGUGUUCACCAAUACAUCUUCUGUCCAUUUCCGUUCAUUACAAACUCUUCAUUAGGGUCUAGUAAAACCCUUGUCCUUAGAAUGGUGCAAGCUGUGUGUUUCUAGUGUUGGAGGCCAUCCAGUCACUUUUCGUACAGCGAAUGCCAUCACCCCAGUCGUGCAUUAAUAAUGGCUAAAUUUAGAGAUUUAUGGGAUGGUACUAGAGCAGGGAAGGUUAAAAGGGACAACUCAGCUGUUACAAUAUAACUCUCUUGAUGCAUUACCAGCCUUCUGAUCUCCACUACCUUCACUGCACUAGGAAUGUAGUUUUUCCCAUCCCUUCUCCACCCAUCAAAGCACGCUGUGUUUGUACUUGGCCAUUCACAAAUUGAAUCUUGCAGAUCCCCAUGUCAGGAUAUUGUUCUGUGGUUUUUGGAGAAGUCUGAGAGGGAAACUGCAGUUGCUGCCUUGUCAGGAUUGGCUGGCAUAGAUCAGUCCGUGCCCUCCCUGCCCUCUUACUGCCAGAUCAAACCAGGCAGUCAUGGUGGAGCAACCAUCACAAUACAGGAGAAAAGGUAAGCAGCCAUUGGCUGAAUUCAAGUGCUAUGUUACCUGCCUGUCCCGUGACCUGAUGCUAUUUUGUCUGUGUGUGUGUGUAAUUUUGUAAAAUAUAUAUAUAUAUAACACAUACAUUUUUAAACCGUCGGAAUUCCCUUUUUUAUGUGUAUGACUUUGUUAAAAAAAAAUAUAUGAAAUAAAAUAUUUAUUACAUAGUCCAAAAAAUUGCAAAAUUUUAUUGUUUCACUGUGCUUGCAUGGCUAGGUUCUGCCACUAUGUGGUGCUGCUUGCAUGGCUAGGUUCUGCCACUAUGUGGUGCUGCUUGCAUGGCUAGGUUCUGCCACUAUAUUGGUGCUACUUGCGUAGCUAGGUUCUGCCACUAUGUGGAGUGCUACUUGCAUAAGCUGGGUUCUGCCACUAGGUAGUUACUACUUGCAUGGCUAGGUUCUACCACUAGGUGGUGCUGCUUACGUAACUGGGUUCUGCCACUAUGUGGUGCUGCUUGCAUGGCUAGAGUUCUGCUGCACUAUGUGGUGCUGCUUGCAUGGCUAGGUUCUGCCACUAGGUGGUGGUGCUUGCAUAACACAGAACCUAGAAGAAACUUGGUAAUCUAGUUUGCUUUAUUUUUCACAAGUUAGGAAAACGCAACCAAAAAUUACCCAUAUUUUCAUAAAUUAGGUUAUUUUGUUAAAAUACACACCUUUUUGAAGAACCUGCAUUUGUGGGAUUUAUAGCAUUUGCAGUCCGUUCUGUCGAGACUAGGAAGUGGCUCAGACUGUGGCACACAGACAGCUCGGAUUGUCCCGUAACCUUUAUACAGUAUUACUCUCCGGUGCUCGGAGCCGGGCCGCGGUGCGCACUGCUGACCGGUAUUGCUUGCGUGUUGAUGUACCGUGUGCUGUGUCUCCCCCAGGGAUGAUGAAGACGAUGUGCUGUAUGAGAAGUUGUCCUGGGAGCAGUGGAAGUUGCUCUGUCUCGUGGAGUUAAUCUCAGUUGGUUCCGGUGGGGGUUUGGCUGCUGAUUUCUUCUUAUUUUGUCUAAAGGUAAUCCAUGUUGCUGUGUUUGUGAUUACUUAUCACUUGCAGUUGUCAGCCUGACUACUUUAUAUCAAUCCCCAUCCCCUACUCCAAUUGGUUGAUUUUGUUUGGAAUCACCAAAAAAUGUUUCCAGUUGUUUGGACAAGUAACCUACUAACUUUUAAAUCUAUUAAAAUAAAACUCUGAGCACAAUCACCACUUCAGCCCACUGAGUGCAAUCUCUUCUUUCUACGGUAAGUAAUCAAACCGUUUAUAAUACAGUUUGUCAACUUACCUAUGUCCCCCGCGAUACAUUGUGUCUUCUUCAGCAGUUGAAGCUGGCUGUUACUGCAGAUACAGCCCUGCACAGCUGACGUCAAUAAGCACAGUCCUACAUGGCCCUGCUUAGUUCUGUAUAGCUAGACAGAUUAUAAUACAGGAGAAGAUGCAGUAACUGUAACUGCGCCCUAUAUUUGUUUAACUUUGCCAGAUCACUCAACUGAUGGAAAUUGCUCACACGAGGGGAAUAAAUUGCUUACUAAUGAUUUUAUUAUCUGGACAGAAGUCACUGUUUUCUUUGCAUUAAUUAAUGCAGUCUUUGCAGGACCAAACCCAGGAAGUCAGAGGGACAACCAAUAGAGGGGGGUGUUAGGGAGUCGUGUAAAUACUGUUUCUAAUUCUGAAAAGGCAACGUUUACUCUCCUCGACCUGCAGGGACAGGCUAUAUAUAUUAGGCUUUAGUGGGUCUGUUUACUAUAGUGUCCUUUUUAAGAUCAGUGUAUCAGGCCUGUCCAGUAACAGAAACAAUAUUAGUAGUUUUUUGUUUUUAUGGAAUAAAUAAAUAUUUAAAUAGUUUAAUACUACAAGGCAGCCACGUUAGCCCCUCAGUGAGUGUAAAUAAUGGGGAUUCUUUGAAGACAGUUACUCGUUGUUUGUCUGAUUUUCACAUGGUCACAUGAUCCUGCAUAAAUCCUUUCACACACGUUGAAUGAUAUACUUAUCCCAUUGGCCAUUGCAAGGAGUACAGCAAGUUAAGGCCAAUUAAACGUCACACCUCUAGCCAUAAUCCGGUCCAUAAAAAAAUCAUCUGCUGUCUUCUCUUUUAGUUCUAACACAACACAUGUUUUGGUAUUUUUUUAGGGAUAUGAUUAUUAAAAAUCCAGAGGUGAUAGUGUCUAUUAAUAUACAGGAAGCAGUGCUGGUUAGACUCGAAUCCACAAUAAUAUUUCUUAUCUCACUAAACCAUGAGAGAGUAAGAAAUUCUAAAGCUAUAAUGAUAAAUGUCAUGUGGACAGUAACUGUUUUCAUAGACACCAAGUGAUACGUCCACCACUCCUAAAGUGAUCGUCUUGUUCUAAGACUCCAUUAAAACGUAGGUGUGUUGUGAAUGGAUAGUAAUAAGGUUAAUCUCUUGGUGUAAUUUAAUAAACUCAGUAUUUUGUGAGGAUCACAUUUCUGGAGUGAUUUGCCCUUUGACAGGUUGAUUCAUUUACAAUAUCUAUGAUUUGUGUCUGGUUUUCUGUCUGGAAUGUAGCUCUGAGAUAUAGAGCGGUUCGGCAAGGUUUGUAGUAUUGGCUCUACCCUGUCUUUCUGUAGAAGCUGACCCCACUCAUUGCCGAGGAGGUCGAUGAAGACCCGGAUUGCGGUGACAGUCUCUUAGCCCUGGAGCAGAAGCUGUCCUUGCGUUCACAGUCUCAGGAGAGACGUCUCCAGCUUCUUCAAGUACUGUCUGUGCUGUGCGAGAGGACUUCAGACUCCAUUUUCACCGACGUGCAGCAGGUGAGUGAGAGAUUGCGAGUAUUGUAUAAAAUACCAACCCAUGUAUUAUUGUGUCUGACUGAUCAUUGUCUGUGUGUAGGUGGUGGAAUUUGUAGCCGUCACACUGGAGCGAGCAUGCACGAGCCUUGCUCUUUCGGAAGGUGGCACAGUGGUGUCACAGACACUCAGUAUGGCCAUGGGACUCGUGGCAGCCAUGUUGGGAGGGGCAGUUAAGGUGAGUGUGAAAUCUAUUUUUAAUACAGUGUUAAAUGCUGAUGUCAUGCUUGAGAUGAAGUCUGCACUAAAUAAAAUAAACUGGGGGCUGUUUCUAUGGAAGCAAUGAUAUGGCAUGUCUCCCAAUUUAACAAUCAAGUCCUCCAACAAUCUGGCACAUGUGCAAGUGGGGCAUUGCUGAACUCCGUAAAUCAAAAGAUUUUUGACCUCGCAGUGAGUCUAACUUCGUUAUCUCCUGCUUUGUUAAUUGUACUUUAUUUACACUCAAGAGGCUGCUACAGGCUAAACUUAAUGAGGGAUGCUCAAUUCUUUUGGCUUUUUUUCAGGAAGUGUUUAAGAAGUCUGAGUAUCAACCAGGGGAGGUGUGACUAGGGCUGCAUAAACAAAGUGAUUUUAAUCCUGAACGGCAGAGAAUUGAACAGUGAGACUGCAGGGGCAUGAUCCAUACACCAAAACCACUUCACUAAGCUUAAGUUGUUUUGGUGCUUGUAGUGUCCCUUUAACAUUCAGGGAACUGUGGACAGUUAAGAAGGGCAUUCCAUAAUUUAGAUCAAAAUAGCAAUUUUGUACAAAAUUCACCAAGUGGCUGUUUUGGUGUAUUUCCUGAAUAAAUCCCAGCAGGGUAUUUUCACCAGAGAAUUACAGAACCUUAUAACAUUUAUGCUGGGAUUUGUCUUAGAAUUAUUUAACCCCACAAACAUAUUGCAAUUCAGCAGGAUUUCAUGUUAAGAAGAUAUAAAUAUCCAGUAAAAUCUGGGUGUAUCUGCCAUCCAGUUAGUCAGAGUGAUCGCUUACUCAUGGCAAUGGUGUGGCUUCCUUGGAAUGUGUUGGGAAACACUUGGAAUCCUUCCAGUGCCGUAGUCUGCUUGCUGUCAGUGUCUGAGUCUCCACAGAAUUAUGGGAAGGAAGCCGUGUCAAAGGUUAACAAACCACGACCUAUAUGUGUGUGUCUCAGUAUCUCCUCUACUUCUAAUAUAUAAUCCAUAAUGGUGAAGUGUGUAUCAUUGGGAAUAUAGGCCUCCUUUUAAUAUUUUUGAAUAAGCUUUUCAAAUUGUUUAAUAGUUUGAAAAAAAUAGAUUUUAUCCAAAGAUAUUAAAUUGAGACAUAAUGUCAUAGAGUGGCUCCAGUAAUCAGAGACUGUGUAUUUCCUACUAAUACAAGAUUCAGCGUUGUGUAAAUUAAUCUUAUGGCAGCACCAAGCCAUAUCGGUCUGAGAUUGGAAUGUUUGGAAUAUUACAAUUGACUAGGAGAUUUUUUUUUUUUAAGGGGUGCCCUUGAAGGCACACUAGGUUCCUACUUAGAGAUUCCUUUCUCUACUCCCACCGCCCACUGUUAACCCUUUAUCUGCCGCUUGCAAUUGUAUGUAUUGACUCUGCCCUUCUUUUCCCCUUCCUCCUUCUUUCCUAGCAACACCUCUGAAAAGGCAGUGUUUGCAUAAAAAAGCCUGAAGCCAAUGAUUAUACUUACCAGAAGAACUACAUUAAGCUGUAUACCGUACAUUAAGCUGUAGUUGUUCUGGUGACUAUAGUGUCCCUUUAAGUUUAAAGGGAAAUCCAGACGUGGAGUGACCAACUGUGUGUGCUGACACCACAUGCAAAAAAUGCACAAAACUAGUAUUUCCAGCCAGGAAGAGAUUAUCACAGGUGGUUGAUUGCUAGUUUGAAUAGGUGGACCUAUAUACAGACUUGGUGGGGGGGAGGUAUUUAUCUCGAUAAUAAAGGCUGCAGAGACUAAGUAAUUCUGGUGCAGGGAGUCUCUCUGAGUGGUGGGAGAACAGCUUGCACAGCUUCCUGUAGUAAUCCAAAUUCCUGUAUCUGUAGCAGUGGCUAUAAAAUAUGCCAUUGUUUGAAGCCAGUUUUUACACAUGAAUGAAAUGCAUUAUAAUGCAGCUGUUGCUCCAUUCUAAUAACCUCCUAUUUUACAAACUCCCCAGCUGACAUCACCUGAUUUCAAGCAUCUGAAAAGAUUACUUCCAUUGCUGGAGCAAGUAUCCCUCACUCACCCAGAGCCCGUUAUCCAGGAGCUGGCCAGUGAUCUCCGAAUCAGCAUCGCCACGCAUUGUGCAGUACAGCUGCCACCCAGGACCAGCGGCCACCAAGUGACGGCGGCUCAGGAUGUACAGAACAAGAAAACGGGAAUGGGAGAACCAAGUGAUGACCAGAGGCUCAAUCAUGGAGACUUCCAGGAGAUAAUGAGCAGUGCACGCCAUUCUGAUGUUCCUACUCGUGCAGCUGCUCUCCGCUUCCUGACACGUCUGCUGGAGCAAAGGCACAGAGAAGCUCUGGAGCACAAGGAACAGGCCCUAAAGGUGACUGAAGAGAUCCUUGCUUAUCUCCCAAAUGUGAGCUUCUCCCUUGUCUGCCUGCGUUGUAACACCAUCCUGUUUUACAGCUGUUCCUGGAUAAUCUAGAAGAGGAGGAUCCGUUUGUCUACCUGUCAGCAAUUCAAGGUAAAGUAAGGUUUGUCACGUGUAUUUAGUCACCUUUUAGUAUGGUUACUAAAAUUACAAAUGUAAAGCUUAAUUAAAUGGGUGUUAUGCUUAAAGGGACACUAAGCACCAUAACCACUACAAUGUGCUGUAAUAAUACAUAAUUGGGGCAAAGUUGAGCAAUGAGCGUGAACAUUCUAUUGGUUUCCAUGGUGAUUGUUUCAGCUGUAGAGAAAUCAGCAGGAACAUUCCAUUGGUUUCCAUGGUUAUCCGGUUGUAGAGCAAUUGACAGGAACAUUCCAUUGGUUUCCAUGGUUAUCCGGUUGUAGAGCAAUUGACAGGAACAUUCCAUUGGUUUCCAUGGUUAUCCAGUUGUAGAGCAAUUGACAGGUACAUUCCACUGGUUUCCAUGGUUAUCCGGUUGUAGAGCAAUUGACAGGUACAUUCCAUUGGUUUCCAUGGUUAUCCGGUUGUAAAGCAAUUGACAGGUACAUUCCAUUGGUCUCCAUGGUUAUCCGGUUGUAGAGCAAUUGACAGGAACAUUCCAUUGGUUUCCAUGGUUAUCUGGUUGUAGAGCAAUUGACAGGAACAUGCCAUUGGUUUCCAUGGUUAUCCGGUUGUAGAGCAAUUGACAGGAACAGUUCCCAGAAGCAGUGUUUGAGGGACACUCAGUGUGCAUGUUACUUACAGAGUAAUCGGUAUUCAAUGAGCAGGAUUGAGCUUGUUAUAUUAUUAGAUGUUCUAGAAUGUUUCAUGCAGUGUGUCUGGUGCUUACAGUAUAGAGUAGAAUGGGACAGGUGAGACACAAGGUGUCCGGAUAGUGGAUAUUAAUUGACCAUUUCAUAUGUUACCUGCGAUGAUGCUUCCUAAAGUGGGGACAUGGGAAUUAAAAUAAAAACUAAGAUAUGGGGAGCAAGUACAGCACCAGGGAGAAUUAAUUCAGACAUACAGAGUGUAUGUUGGAGGAGGCGGCAGAUCAUGAGAACAUUCAGAUUCCUUCAAACUGUAAAAAGAAUUCCACAAUACUGAUUUCUCUAUAAUUCUAUUUUUAUUUUAUUUUUUCCUCUCCUUUUCCAAUUUAGUUUUAUUUAUAGAAUCCAGAAUAUUUUAUCAGGUAAACUGAUUUAUCUUAUCUGGACGUUGACCCGUACAUUUGUAUUAUUGACUAUGGGACCCGUGUCCAAGUUUUCUAGGUAUAAUCUCUCCCUCACUGUCCAUAAUGAUAGAGAAGAUGGCCCAGUAAUAGCAGGCAAAGUGUGUCCACAUUGUUCCGGUUAUACAAUGUAAGCUGUGUUUCAGAGGCUUCCCAGGAUACACACUAAAACAGCACCCUUUCAUCUAGAAGCUUAAAGGCCUCCCUUUAACCUUUAAUAAAGUGCUUGCAGGGAGAGGCUAAUCAGCAGAAAGGCCCAUCCAGGCAUGUUCAGCAUAGAGACCCAUAUCCUCAGACGCGGCUUACUGCUUGAUUUUUCACAAAGCGUUGGCUUGCUUGACUAUAAUUUUGUUAAAAGGUUACUCCAAGCAGUGAUUCACAGUGGCUAUGGUGCCUGCAGGCUGUAUGUUUAGCGUUUCGCUAAUGUCAAUUCUGUGCAAAGAACUGCAAUCAUUGCAGACAGCUGACACUCUCAGUCAAUGAAUAACAGGCAGCCUUAAAGGAGACCAGGGCCGGAAGAGGGCAAACCGCUGCAAAACAAUUUGUCACAUUACCAGGAAACUGGGCCAACAGGACAAUAUGGCAAGCCAUUCCUCACUACUAAUGUGAAUAGCUGCCGCGUUUUAAUGUGUGGAUCAUUUAAACCCAUUCAGGGAUAUUGAGUAACAUGGGAAUUGUCAGUUCAGUGGAUUUCGGGUUUUAAAGCCAAAUUGAAUUUCUCUUUUAAUUACUUAAUGAAAAUCCCUGUGUUUCUAAAAAAGCUGGGGGAAAAAAAGAGUGCUUACCAGAUACCAGGAAGCCAUUAUUUCCACCGUUGCGAGAGGCUGCGGACAUGUUAGAUUCCUUUAUAUAUUCCUUACACGCUUUACACAGCACUGGUGUGAACACAAAUGAGGUAUCCCCUCAUACUGCGGGCCAUUGUCUAUAGCAUCCAAAGCAGUUUGUGAAGGUUUGCUACAUUUUUACCAUUUGGUACGAAUCCAAUGAGAUACAAUUUGUAAUUCUUGUCAUUUUUACUUUUAUGUAAUUAAACUGUGGAAAAGAGUGCCAUUUUGUUCCAGCUGAGUGAGGGAGUCUGUGGUCUCCUUACUGGCCAUCUGCAGAUCUUGUCUCCAGUCUAUUUAACCAGCUCCAUGCUGAUGAGACACACCAGGUCAUAACUGUGCAAUCCACAGCCGGUGUCUGGUCACUGACCAUAUUGGACCAGAAACUGUUUUGGUUUUAAAUAAAAAGCUGUGUUUGUAACCAUGGCUUGUCUGCUCAUUUGCAUGUCAAGCAGGGAACUCUGGGAUAGUUAUGGAAGCAUGAUUUGACUUUCUGUGCCCAUGGGGGAAUUUCCGAUGUGCAGGUGAUAAUUCACAGUAAUUUCUCUGUUUGCACCUUAUUGUUUCUUCAGGCAUGGCCGUCCUGUCUGGGGAGUUUACUGAGCGAGUACUACCAAUCCUUCUGGCUCAGUAUGGAAAUACUGCAUCUCCUGCCUGCAGAGUUCGAGGCCCAGAGACCAGAAUGAAGGUGGGAGAGGUGCUGAUGAGAUGUGUCCGAGUAAUGGGUAAGGUUAUUAAAUGUAGUGUUAAACUUACACUGUGUAGUAAAUGCUGGAUAAAGUUACAUAUUCUCCUGGCCCCAUUAAUCCGAGUAAAUGGAACACUUGCACAAGUUACCAAAAAGGACAAAAUGUUUUGUUGCCAUAACAGAAAGUCUUAUAAUUCUGGAAACGUAAAAUUACAGUCUGUGUAUAUUUUGAUAUUGUGUUCACACUGAAACACAACUUUAUUUUUUUUAACCAAACUUUAUUUUCUUGUUUAACACAAAGUAAAGUUUGUCCCUUAACCCCUUUGGACACAUGAAAUGUGUGACAUGUUAUGAUUCCCUUUUAUUCCAGAAGUUUGGUCCUUAAGGGGUUAAAGGACCACUAUAGUGCCCUAAGGGUGCCCCCACCCUCAGGGUCCCACUCCCGCCGGGCUGAAGGGGGAGGAAGGUUAAUCCCUUACCUUUUUUCCAGCCCCGGGCUCCCUCGGUGCUGGGACUCUCCUCCCUCUUCUUCCGUCAUCGGCACGAGCCACGCGCGCAUUCAGCCAGUCCGUAGGAAAGCAUUACCAAUGUAAUAGGAGAUAAAAUGUUGGGGGAGGGAACGUCUCCAUCACAUACCGAAUAGGCCAUAAUUCUCAGAAAGUGAUCAGUUUGUAUUGGCAGCUACCAUUCAGUGAGCUGUGACCUCACUCCAUGACACAGAGGUAGGCACAUACUGCACCACUCUGUGCGAUGUGGUAAGGUCCAUUUCCGUUAUUUCCUGAGCCGCGCGUCCACCAGCUAACUUGGCCUUUUUGUUGUAUAUUUCUUGUUGCACUCGAGGUUUGUUAGUACAUGUUAUUGCCGUAUGGAUUGCUACAAGUCAUUCUGUCUUAGAGUGUGUCUAUUCACUGCCAUCUGAUAUAUUUGUAAUACUGCGAUAGGGAAAUCAAUAUUGAUAUCUGUUAACGAUACGGGCUAAGAGUGGAGACCUUCCCUGUAUCUGCAUGUCGUAGACUUUCUCUAAGUGAGGACAGACUGCAGGACACGUAUACUGUACCCUACACCCAGUAUUUUGGGAUUUGCAGCCUUUCCCACAUGCAUUAAUCGUGUGCCGUUCCCAGGGCAGGGAACGUGUUCCAUCUUGCGUGUGGCAGAGUUAUCGUGCUUCCUCUGUCUGUCCCAACAGAAGACGGGGAGCAGCUUAUUGUGAAAGUACAGGAAAUAUAUACAAAAAUACAUCCGUCUGCACAGAAUCUGCUGCUUUAUAGAGAGAACGGAUAAUCUGAUCGGAACACAGGACUUGUGUUAUCAUUUUUAAUUCUAAAAUGGAAGAUGUCUCGUAUGUUAACAUGCUGAUAGAAUGUGUGUGUUUUAAUACGUUGUACUAAUCGUCACCAUCAGAAAGAGAGAGGGUUUUCACCUCACAAGAUUUGUGGAAAGUGGCUAUUCUGGACUAUUUCUUUCUAAUAUUCAGCACAAUCUUCAGUGAAUAAAAGGUGCAAUGUGCAGAUGAUGCUGUAUCUGUAAUGGCGGGUUAGACUGUCUCUCACUACCGUGUGGACAGCUGACGGAAUCUGUCAUUCAUUGGCCGAUUUUUGUCUGAGGACCUGAACAAGUGGUUCCAAUCUAUUGAAUGAGGUAUGGGUCUCUGUGCAUUCAGUGGGACGUUAGCAGGGCAGCAAUCUCAUUGAAUAAAUUCAUUAUCUGCUAAAGUACGGCAGCCAGGUUUACACCCAGGUAGGUCUACAUAUAAUAGGAGGGUUCCAUUAAUAAAAUGCUACAUUGCCAUGUAUCUGCACAAGGUAGACAUUAAUACUCUUUUUAAUGGUAGGUCUGGCCGGCUCUGCCAGUGUUGGUUAAUACAUUGCUACAUUGCCAUGUAUCUGCACAAGGUAGACAUUAAUACUCUUUUUAAUGGUAGGUAUGGCCGGCUCUGCCAGUGUUGGUUAAUACAAUGCUACAUUGCCAUGUAUCUGCACAAGGUAGACAUUAAUACUCUUUUUAAUGGUAGGUCUGGCCGGCUCUGCCAGUGUUGGUUAAUACAUUGCUACAUUGCCAUGUAUCUGCACAAGGUAGAGAUUAAUACUCUUUUUAAUGGUAGGUAUGGCCGGCUCUGCCAGUGUUGGUUAAUACAAUGCUACAUUGCCAUGUAUCUGCACAAGGUAGACAUUAAUACUCUUUUUAAUGGUAGGUAUGGCCGGCUCUGCCAGUGUUGGUUAAUACAAUGCUACAUUGCCAUGUAUCUGCACAAGGUAGACAUUAAUACUCUUUUUAAUGGUAGGUCUGGCCGGCUCUGCCAGUGUUGGUUAAUACAUUGCUACAUUGCCAUGUAUCUGCACAAGGUAGGGAUUAAUACUUUUUUUAAUGGUAGGUCUGGCCGGCUCUGCCAGUGUUGGUUAAUACAAUGCUACAUUGCCAUGUAUCUGCACAAGGUAGACAUUAAUACUCUUUUUAAUGGUAGGUCUGGCCGGCUCUGCCAGUGUUGGUUAAUACAUUGCUACAUUGCCAUGUAUCUGCACAAGGUAGAGAUUAAUACUCUUUUUAAUGGUAGGUAUGGCCGGCUCUGCCAGUGUUGGUUAAUACAAUGCUACAUUGCCAUGUAUCUGCACAAGGUAGACAUUAAUACUCUUUUUAAUGGUAGGUAUGGCCGGCUCUGCCAGUGUCAGUUGUUCAUUCCGUAUAAGCAGAUCUGGCAGUAUGACUGUGACAUCGGGGAUUAGACCUGGAAGUUAGUGAUCAGGGUUAGACAUGUUGUAACAGUGUUCCUUUAUCUUUGAUCCUUCACCGCUGUAUAAACUACUGUAAUCCCUACCAUAGCCCAAAGCCUUCUAGUAAUAAGAGUAUGAUUUCAGCUCUGAGCGGUGCCUGCUUCCUGGGUGUGGGAACCCAGGUAUACUGUAACGAUUUCUGGGUCACGAUCAAUGUGCAGACAUAUCAUGUCUUAAUAGCUCCAGGUGCCAGACAGCUAGCAUUAACUUAACCCAUGUGUGGCACGGACUGCACAUUUACAACUCAAUAUAUUGAUUACCCCCCCCUUACUGUUAGAAAUGUACUCAUAUGAUGGUCUGUAAUUAAUAUUCUAUAUGCAAACAUUUAAUAGCUAGAGCUGCCUUUUUUACGUUUUAAAUUGGUUACUUAAAAUAUCUAUUUUUGAAGGCCAGAUAUGUCUAGUAAUGUAUAUGAAAUUUUACAUAGCUGGGUGAGGUAAUAUCCGUUUCAAUGUCUUCUUUACAGGGGACAUGGUUUCACAGUACAGAGACCUCCUGAUACAUGCUUUUCUUAGUGGCUGCAAAGAUCACGAUGCCUUGCUGAGGGCCAGUAGCCUGUCUAAUCUGGGGGAGCUGUGCCAACAUCUACAGUUUGCUUUGGGUCCUGUAAUACACGAGGUAGGUACACCCAUCCCGUCCUCUAACAUUGUUGAAAAUUAUGCUAUUGAGUUAAAUUAAUUCUCCCUCCCCUCCCCCCAACAGGUUAGCAGCUGUUUAUCGGCCAUGGUCCGGACAGACCCCGAAGCUCAGGUGCGAAGGGCAGCUACACACGUGGUGGUCCUUCUUCUCCGAGGACUGAGUGAAAAAGUCACAGAGGUGAGAAACUCUGGGACAAUGUCUUUAACCUAAGGAAAAAGUUACCUGUUUGUACAUUUAAAUAACGAGAGGUUUUUAGUAUUACUCCAAUGCCCAUUAAAGUGUAAGCUCACCUGCCACAUUUAAAAACCAUUCACCUUGAUUUCUAAAUCCCUGCACACACAUAUCAACCCUAUUAAAGUUUAACAAGUGUGUAGGAGUUUAGAAAAAAAUCCCCUUCUCUGUCUCUUUAGAGAUUUUACCUUAUAGCUUAAAGGGAAACUCCAGUGCCAGGAAAACAAUCCGUUUUCCUGGCACUGCAGGUCCCCUCUCCCUCACACCCCCCCAUCCCCAGUUGCUGAAGGGGUGAAAACCCCUUCAGGUCACUUACCUGAGACCCCGCCGAUGUCCCUUGGUGGUGGUUUCUUCUCGCCGCCGCUCCUCCCAGUCAUUACGUCGGCCGGUGGGCAAGACUGAACUAGAAGACAGCCUCUAGAGGUGGAGUUAACCCUGCAAGGUUAUUAUUGCAGUUUAUAAAAAAACUGCAAUAAUUACACUUGCGGGGUUAAGGGUAGUGGGAGUUGGCAGCCAGACCACUCCAAUGGCAGAAGUGGUCUGGGUGUCUGGAGUGUCCCUUUAAAGCAGCAAGGUGAAUUGUUAUUGUAAGACUCCCCUAAGAGGCCUUGACUUGACAGGUGAGCUUACACCUAAGUGGCCAUUGGAGUGAUCCUAAAAACCUCCAGUUCUUUAAAUGUGCAAAGGGAUUUGAAAUAGUGCGCUAGUAACUUUUUUUUUUUUUUUUUUAAUUGUAUGUAGUGGGGCUGAUGUGAUAGUCAUUGCUGCCGCCCACAAGUAAUGGGAGUUUGAGCACAGCGCUUGAAGUUUUAAUGUCUUUAAACUGUUGGACCACUCUGUAUUCGGGUGUCUGUCACCCACAUUCCCAAUCUCUGGUGUAUCAUGUACCUCCCACAUUGAGAACGAGGGUAAUAGAGGACUAAUUGUACAUAUCUCUUGAUCUCGGUUAUGUCUGCCAGUUACCGUGUAAACUGUUUUUGAAUGCUUGAUUUACAAUAAAUGUUCAAUACACAAAUCUCAAGGUUGACCGAUUUAUCUGGGCUUCUAAUAUUUUAUUUCGGGUUGAUAUUCAUACUUUAGUAAUUGAUAUCCGUGCAGUCUGUAACCGCAUCUGAUCUUCCACGGCCAAACUCAUUAACUAGCGAGCUAUCCCUGUGUCCUGUCCAUAUCAAUAUAUAGAAUUACAAUACUGUAUAAUCCUAAUGACUUGCCUACCAUUCAUUGUUCCUUGCCUACCAGCUAUUGAUUAAUAUAUAAGUAAAAUUAUUUUUAUUGACCCAGUAGGAUUUCAGAUGUAGUAAUGCACACAAUUAUAAAAUUAUUGAAUUAUUCUUUCAUUUAAUGUAAAGUCUAAUAUUACUUGUAAACUUUUUCGAGUAAUAGACGUAAGAUUUGAAUUUAUAGUGGCCAUAAUGUCAGUCGCUCACCAUGGAUUGACGAGUUUAAUGGCUUUCCCUUUUUGUAGUUGUCAGCCACUCGUGUCGUCACUGAAUUUUAGUUAAUUUAUGCUGUUACCGUGGUAAAAUGUAUAAUCAGCAUAGACUGAUCUGUGCACACGGUAUCCAGCUUCUCCAGACAGGGAUUCCUACACUUUACAGAUAGUGGUUUAGGUUUGUAUUUAAAUAUUUCACCCUGCAUCUAGAACAGGGGUUGGCAACCUUUCACGUGUCGUAGAUUACAUCUCUCCUGAUGCUUUGCCCUUUUUAUGGCACUUCUAGAGCAUCUAUCCUCGCUGUUACCACAAAUUAACCAAUAAAAUUAUUUUUGUGACUUACGUGGCUGGAUUACCUUCCUGACUCAUUGCUUUCCCUAGAAUUCAGGGUUUUCUGAUGUCUAGUGAAGGAGUGUCUGUUUUAUAAAAGACAAAAGAUUAGUGAUGUCCCCAACUGUUCGCCGAACGGUUUGCCGCAGACUCCAGUCAGCAGACACAUUCCAGCCAAUCAGCAGCAGACCCUCCCUCCCAGAUCCUCCCACCUCCUGGACAGCUCACUAAGAAUGCAGCUUCACAAUGGAUGCUGUCCAGGAGGUGGGAGGGUCUGCUGCUGAUUGGCUGGAAUGUGUCUGCUGACUGGAGUCCGUUGCGAACAGUUCGGGACAUCACUACAAAAGAUAAAUAUUGUAAUUUAUUUUCAUGAAUUUCCCCCUAGCAAGAAAAUAAACAUUGUUAAAAAUCAAAAGGGAAUACAUACACAGAGUGAAUCACUUGUUCUCUGUGAAUAAGCCUGUCCAUUAAUAGAGAUCAUUAUCUUCAGAGUAAAUAAGCAUAUGGUCUUCUGUAACUUCUAAACCAUUCUAUGAAUGGAUACCUUGAUACAGAGUUUCCAAAGUUGCAGCUUCUUUCGUAAAAAGCAAAUCGUCCGACAGAUCUGGUUGUGAUUGGGGAAAUAAUGCUGGCCUCCUGUCCUCCGAUAAGAAAUUCCUAGUUUAUUUCUUCCUAAUAUAAUCCCCACUAAAGUCGAUUGCUUUGGUAAAGGGACACGGGUUAUUUUAGUUUGGACCUCCUGGGAUCAUUUAACCUUUCAAACCAUGCAUCCACAAUAUUGGUUUGGCUGUACCAAAUAGCCAUUAACAUGUUCUUGUAUGGUGCCCCAGUCUGCGGGAUGGGAUUCUGGAAAUUAGACUGGUCGGUGCACGGCUCAGGAUUUCAGCACUUUUUACGUGUUUGACCUUAUUGUUUUCGUGAAGGGAAAACGUAUAGAAAAAUUCUAUGGUUUGAGAGACUGGGUUACUCACUAAAAUUAGCAUUCUUGGGAAAUCAGAGUAUAUUUUAAACUUUACGCCAAAAUUGCUGAUAUGGAAGAAAAUAGACUUGGGAUGUUUUUUUUCUAAUUCAACUCUUUUGAAUCCCUGCCAGUUCUCAGUGAAUAGCUCUGAUAAAUCCUUGUACCAGAAUAAUACGCUGCAGUGUUUGAUGCCUACCUCAUAACUUUCAGAAGAGUUCGAAUUCUUUUGGUAUGAAAAACUACACCUUCCGUGGCAAGCAAUUGCUGUUGAAAUCCCAACAUCUAAAAUAAAAAAAUAUAAAUAUAUAUAUAUAUAUAUAUAUAUAUAUAUAUAUAUAUAUAUAUAUAUAUAUAUAUAUAUAUAUAUAUAUAUAUAUAUAUAUAUAUAUAUAUAAUCAUGCAUUAUCUUCCCAGGACUGUAACCAUUUAACCCCUUAAGGACACAUGACAUGUCAUGAUUCCCUUUUAUUCCAGAAGCUUGGUCCUUAAGGGGUUAAAAACCUGGCUUAAAUCUGCUCAAUAAAGAGGGUUUUCAAAUGUAUUUUCCUCAUUAACCAGCAGGCUGAAGUGGCAUCAUGUAAAGGGAUCCUAACCUGUCCUGUGCACUAAUAAACUUGUGUUUAGCUGAAUUUUAUGUAGUCUGAUCACCAUAGCUCCUUGGAGUAGUUAUGGUGCCGGGACUCUUUCUAUCAAGCCGAAGCUGUUCCUGUAAGAGAAAAGAUUCCCUAAGCUGUCCAGCCUUGAACAGCUGUGCUAGCAGUCCACCAAGGAACAUUUUGUGGAAGAGAAUAAUUUGCAUUAUUGUCGGUAAUGCUUAGAGUGCAAAAAAGAAAGAGAGACAGUUUUUGUAUCAUCCCCCCACCCCCUGUAAAAUUCUAGGUAGUUUAAAUUUUUUAAAUAUUUUUUUAUAUUGCAUUCCUGGUUUUUAGGGCACCACAAGGCAUGCCAUGUAGAUUAGAUGCUGCCUGUAUUCACAUGGCAUUCCUCUGUAGAUGCCCAGAGCAUGGGGUGAUGGUGUUAUCCUUAACCGGAUGCUGCAGAGGUACAUAUUUAUCUACAUGUCUGCACUACACAGCCAGGUUAAGGAACAGUCCAAUCACUAUAAGCACUACAGUGCACAGUAGUGGAUAUGGUGCCCUGUAGUACGCAAGCAGUCAAACUGUUUUUUAACACGGUCUGAAUUCUUACCUGGUGUGUGCCGGGUGCUCCUCCCAACAGCUAGGCGAUCUGGGACCUUGCGUAGAUAAGCAUCUGGUUCUCUGAAUACUGUAGUGGAGGUAGUAAGAGGCUCCUGCUGGAUCGCAGCGAAGAAGUCAAACUGUUCUAGAAUAGUUAUGGUGCCUGCAGUGUUCCUCUAAAUAUGGCUUACUGGUGUGUGUCUUACUUUAUCAGAUUAUAACCAUUUCCUGUGUUUGUUUGCUGCUAUGAGUGUCCCUAAAGGCAGGUAGAGAGAGUAUUUGUAGAAGGAAUAUAAACUGUAAACACACAUCCAGGAAAGACCAGAGUGAAACAUCCACAAAGCACUAUUCUGGAGCUUCAACGACGCCACGUUACCCAGGAUCUGAAAAAAUAUCAAUAAAUAGUGUCUGCGUAGCAGGUCUGGGAUUGGGCUCUUCACAAUAAAAUGUAAACACGAUAGUGUAGUGACCCAAAAACGUGAACAGCACUAAAGAUUCUAAAAUACAGUGUAGCACAUAAAAUCAUAGAAUUGCUAAAACCAGCUGCAAAAACCCAAACAAGUGACUUAGGACAUCCAAAACCAAGAUAUAGUGUUGCACUAAAUGAUUAUUCUCUAUAUAUGGUCAAUUGGUAUCUCACCAGAACAAAUAUUUUCAUGGAAUCAUCUGAAAAGAUACAUACAAAACAAAUAUAGUGCCGACCAUCUGAUCUUAAGUAUUUUUGUUGUGCACACUUAUUAAAAAUUGAGAGUUCACACUCACAUUUCCCAGAGCCUAAACAACCCUGACUCUGGGUGGGAUAAGCUCAGCCGAUAUUGUAGUGAACUGAAGAGAGGAGACCCAUUCAGUCUCCUCCAUUUGAAUUCUGUGAGGAUGGAGUGACGUAUGUAUAUUUAAAUGUAUGCUGGCGAGUUGUGGUCGGAGUGUCCCUUUAAGGCUCCGGAGAUCCCUGAUAGCUGAUCUUGCACUUUUUAUCUGCAUUACAGCAGUGAAUUAAUGGCCCACAGCAGGAUACUAUGAUGAUACAAUAGACUGCUUCCUCUACCUGAAUACACACCCUUCUCUCCCAGAUCAGAUCCUUUACUUAUAUCAUUCAAUGUACAGACUGGCGGCAGUCUGCUCUCGCUGGCGCUGUCAGGGUUAAUGCCUUGGCACACUGUGUGAGAGUAUUUUAAGCUCAGCGUCAGCACAAGUUCAAUUUCUUAAUUACCCGCUGUGAUAAACUGCCAAUUUCUGCAGUUCUCUUCAUUUUUCAUUAGCAUUUGAGAGUGGGGGCAGCCGCCCCUGUAAUCUAUUUAUAGUCCCAAUGCAGUAUUUUAGUGUCAAAAUCUCCUCUAUAAAGAGCCAUUUCGAGAACAGCCAAUCUGCAACAAUGUUAGAUUUUCCCGGUGGUAAAAUCUGUGAUCUAGAGCUGAGCUCCAUCUCUGGCGUAGAGUAUUCUUAGCAUCGGGAAUGUCAUGCUGGUGCACGCUAUAGAGAAGAUAUGUAGAAAUGGGCAAUUAUCAUUUACUAUACUGCAUUAUGAAAGGAAAGGAGCUCGAUCCUCAUUUUCCUAUAGAGCACCACAAUCUUGGCUAACUCGAUUUCCUACUUCGUCUGUGUUUUUUAAUAUUGGUAUUUUUAUUAUUAUACUGUACCAUAUUUUAACAAUGCAAUGUUUGUCGGCCCAGGACAUACUUGAAAACGAGAGAAAUCUCAAUAUAUGCUUCCUGGUUAAAUAGUUUAUAAAUAAAUAUCAACACCUUAUCGCAAUACUCUGAAUCCUGGCUGAAAGUACAUUUUAUAUAUAACAAAGGGCGUAUUAUAAAACAUGCUUUCGUUCAUAGCGGGCACAGCAAAUAGCCUGGAGGCCUGCUGUCUAGUGUGCAGGUGGAUCAGAUUCCUCAUCUGUGGACAUUACUGGUUUCCCUAUUACAGGGAAAAGGUGGCGAGGUUCCGGAUUGAGGUUACUGGCCUCCUUAUUACAGGGAUAAGGUGGCGAGGUUAUGGAUUGAGGUUACUGGCCUCCUUAUUACAGGGAAAAGGUGGCGAGGUUCCGGAUUGAGGUUACUGGCCUCCCUAUUACAGGGAUAAAGUGGCAAGGUUCUGGAUUGAGGUUACUGGCCUCCCUAUUACAGGGAUAAGAUGGCGAGGUUCCGGAUUGAGGUUACUGGCCUCCUUAUUACAGGGAUAAGGUGGCGAGGUUCUGGAUUGAGGUUACUGGCCUCCUUAUUACAGGGAUAAAGUGGCGAGGUUCCGGAUUGAGGUUACUGGCCUCCCUAUUACAGGGAUAAGAUGGCGAGGUUCUGGAUUGAGGUUACUGGCCUCCCUAUUACAGGGAUAAAGUGGCGAGGUUCUGGAUUGAGAUUACUGGCCUCCUUAUUAUAGGGAUAAGGUGGCGAGGUUAUGGAUUGAGGUUACUGGCCUCCUUAUUACAGGGAAAAGGUGGCGAGGUUCUGGAUUGAGGUUACUGGCCUCCCUAUUACAGGGAUAAGAUGGCGAGGUUCCGGAUUGAGGUUACUGGCCUCCUUAUUACAGGGAUAAGGUGGCGAGGUUCUGGAUUGAGGUUACUGGCCUCCUUAUUACAGGGAUAAAGUGGCGAGGUUCCGGAUUGAGGUUACUGGCCUCCUUAUUACAGGGAUAAGGUGGCGAGGUUCCGGAUUGAGGUUACUGGCCUCCUUAUUACAGGGAUAAGGUGGCGAGGUUCUGGAUUGAGGUUACUGGCCUCCUUAUUACAGGGAUAAAGUGGCGAGGUUCCGGAUUGAGGUUACUGGCCUCCUUAUUACAGGGAUAAGGUGGCGAGGUUCCGGAUUGAGGUUACUGGCCUCCCUAUUACAGGGAUAAGGUGGCGAGGUUCUGGAUUGAGGUUACUGGCCUCCUUAUUACAGGGAUAAGGUGGCGAGGUUCUGGAUUGAGGUUACUGGCCUCCCUAUUACAGGGAUAAGUGGCGAGGUUCUGGAUUGAGGUUACUGGCCUCCUUAUUACAGGGAUAAGGUGGCGGCCUCCCUAUUACAGGGAUAAGGUGGCGAGGUUCUGGAUUGAGGUUACUGGCCUCCCUAUUACAGGGAUAAGGUGGCGAGGUUCUGGAUUGAGGUUACUGGCCUCCUUAUUACAGGGAUAAGGUGGCGAGGUUCCGGAUUGAGGUUACUGGCCUCCUUAUUACAGGGAUAAGGUGGCGAGGUUCUGGAUUGAGGUUACUGGCCUCCUUAUUACAGGGAUAAAGUGGCGAGGUUCUGGAUUGAGGUUACUGGCCUCCUUAUUACAGGAAUAAGGUGGCGAGGUUCUGGAUUGAGGUUACUGACUAGGAAAUACAAAAGAUUUGCAAUGUGUUAGGGCAAAGUAAAAAGGAAAGUAGAAAUAUAAAAAAUGGAUUAGUUACAGUCUCCAUAUUCUGACAUCUAAAUGAGGUGUGUAUCAAACUGGCAGCCUCCUGCCAUCGCAGAACCCAAUCCUGCCCAAGUAAUGUGUGACUAAUUGCAAGCCGUCUGUGCUUAGUUCAGGCUAGCUGUCAUUGGACAGAUGUUGGCCGAUUGUGUUCAUAAAUCAGAUUUGUUUACCUAAAUGGGAAUGCACAUAUUUAUUUAUAGAUACUACAAUGUGAGCCCAUCACCAUUCCAUAGUUUAAUAGAUAGGAGCCAGACGACUAGAUAAUUACCACUCCCUAAUAUAAUGUAAUUAACGAACCAACUCAUUAUUUGAAAAUACCCCUCUGCAUGUAAUUCCAAUGUGCGUGCUUACUGUUGUUUGAGUCUUCGUGGGAUGAGAUUUCAGAUUAUUAUUUUUUCCCCACCAGAGGCUUCCAGAUACGAAUUUGCAUUUCUGGUUAGGUAAUGCCUAAACAUGUUCCCCUGCUAAGCACAUCCUCAGUCUGGUAAUUACUGAGGAAGGACCUUAACCCUUUCAAUGCAGACUACUCACCACCCAAAUCGGGCUUACCGUCUCUUGUAGAAACACGAGUUUGUGUUGCAAAAUUCUCCCAGCAAACAUUGCUACUUAAUGCAGUAAAUGAAAAGGAGGAAAAUAAAGAGUCAGAAAAGAAAUGUAUUAGAUCUACUAAUCAAUAAAAAUUUAGCGAGAUAUUAAUUCUGCUUGCUCCAGGGAAGCACUUUUCCUGUGAUAUGGGCAUGCCAACCUUAAAUUGCGUGGUCCUAAACUAGGAAAAUAAUCGGAUCAUCUGAUAGACGUGUGUCAGUAUGGUCUGCAGUUAAUACAGUAGGAAUAUUAGAUUAAUCUGCGUAAAGGGAGGAGGUUAUUUAUUAUCAGUCCUGAGAUAAUUCAGGAAGACCGAUGGCAGGUAUGGUACCUGGAAGUGAUGUAUAGAUCAAAACUAUCCUAUACAUGCGCUCCCUGUCCCCGUGUUAGGCAGAGCUACAUCUAAAAAUACAGUUUUUACGCUGCAUUUGUUCUCGCCUCGAUAUAUUCGAGUUUUAUUUGUUUCUUGAAGCCAAUUCUAACCAAUAUAAAGCUUUAUAAUUUAAUGUGGGGACAGGACGGGAGAGUGUAUCACAGUACACAGAUGAGAGCAAUGUAUUGAAGACUAUAAAUACUAUAGCAAGGAUGGGGUUAAAGACGGCAGCUGUUUAUCACACUCUGAGCUUUGUAUAGUAUGACAGAGGCAGCGUUAGCGAGGACUCGGUGCUGCCGCAGUGUGUGGCCUCCAGUGCAGCUUAGUGUCCUUGACUUGACAAACCGUUCUAAAGCUUGAUAGACAGAGAGGGUGUGUGCAUUCUGGGUGAUUUGUUCUGGGGAGGGAGGGGGGCACUUUUAAGAGGUUACACAAAUUAUGACUGCAUUCUUGCUCAUUUUAGUUUUAUUAGGAUAAUCCUGUGCAGUCUGGUUUGCAUACCCCCUUCCCCUCUAGUUGCCUAAUCUUAUGUCUCACACUGUGCCACCCACCCCCAUGGUAUCCUGAACAGUCAUCAACUACAGAGCCAGGAGCCUUAUAUUGCACGUGGCACGUAGCAGUGGACACGGUAUACAGGUUUUAUCACAUCCCUGCAGUAUGGGAGCUACAUCAAUCUUAUUGUGCAGCCGCUAGCGGUUUCUGCGCUAUAAUCAGUACUGGUCUUAGUAAUUCCUAGAAUGGUCACAAACACACAUUGACCAGCAUCACUUCCGCAACUUUCCCCAAUCGCGGGAUUCUUUUAUUUUCCUGUAGCAAUGCUGAUUACCUGAGCUUUCCGUAUAAUCCUGUGUGUUCUUAAGUACUUUUCUGUGAAUGUGUGGGUGCCCUCCAUCAUUUUACGGUAUUUGCAUUUUAUUCCCAUUGCUUUAUAUAGCACGCUAGUCGUACAGGUUUCCAGUAUGUUGUUUCUAUUAACAGACACACACCGUUUUUAAUCAGUUUCCAUGGUAGCAGAAUAAUGAGCCCUAGUCACAGCUAGGCCCACAGCCUUCACCGUCUCUCCAGUAAACAUGGAAUCUAACGUUAUUCAGGUUGGUGCCAGCCAUUUCUCUCUGUAAGAUCAGCUGUAAUAAUGCAAGGUCAUAGACAGAUAUAAAGGCACGUGUGCAAUAGUAAUCAGCCACCAGACACCUUGAACACAGGUGAGAAUCACACUAUCACAGCUUCUCUCUAACUUAUCUAAACAAAAGAAGGGACUACUGGUGGAAGGGCCUCAGACCUUUUUACUGUCAGAAGAAAGACUAAAAUAUACAGAUCGUCACACAAUAUGAUAUAACAUAAAUACCGGACAUAUUGCUUGAAACCAGAUACAUAUACUUGUCUGUCAGUACAAAGAUGCAAACACCAGGACAGAUUUAUAACGUUUAUAUAAAAUAAAUCUAUGUGUAAAGCUUAUGGGGCUGAUAUGUUUUUGGUACUAAACAAGUGAAUUUAGGCUUUUAUGGGGUACGCCAUUCAUUCUCUUGUACUGGUCCCUGAUGUGUUUGGAUUGGGAGAAACCACCACCCAAUCCGAAUACAGCUUCCGUUUUGUCUACCCCUCCUGGCAAACCAGGUGCCAUGAUUACUACUUAAUGUUUGUUAUUGUAUUGAUGUGUGCUACUUCUUAUAAAAGGGAAACUAUAUCCCAUCCCACACAAAUGCUGCCAUUUGUACAGAUUGGAUCAGCUGAAAGUUGGAUUGAAUGAACAGUUUAAACUUGAUAUGGAAGGAAACCUAAUGAGACUGUUGAACUAUUUCCUCUGACUCCUAUCUGUCUCUGGUUUCCCCCACAGGUCUUGCAUGACGUCCUGCUGGAUCUAUACCGAUUGCUGAAAUUUGUGGUGCGAUGCGAGACGGACUCAGUCUGCGUGCUUCAUGCACAGCUGGCUCUAGAAGAACUGGACAGGAUUAUAAGAGCUGCGCUACUGCCAUCACAGAAACUCGAGAAGAAAAUCGUAGUCCUUCCUUAG